AUGCCACCACCACCAUUUCCCCCAGCUGGAUAUUUCGAGGACAUCGUCCGGCGCGUCCGCGUCCUAUUUAACGGGCAAUACGUGGUCGAUGCCCCGAAGCCGAAACUUGUGUGGGAACACCCGUAUUACCCUGUCUACUACUUUCCCCGCUCCGAUAUUAGCAGCCAGUACCUAGCCAACAAGAGCAUCAACUCCAAUGGGGAUGCAGUCUACGACCUGGUUGUCAAUGACCGAACAUCGUCAUCCGCAGUAACCCUCAUUCAGUCCGGCCCGUUGAAAGACUACGGCACAAUCGGAACUACAAAAGCCGACGCAUGGUUUGAAGAGGACGACCGCGUCUACAGCCAUCCCAAGGAUCCCUACAAAAGAAUCCAUAUUCUGCAGUCCUCGAAGCAUAUCCGCGUUGAAAUUGAUGGGGUUGAAGUUGCUAACACGACGCGUCCGAAGCUGUUGUACGAGACGGGCCUGCCUGUUAGAACGUAUAUCCCACAUACAGACGUGAGGCUGGAUUUGUUGAAGGAUGACCCCGACCUGACUACUAGUUGUCCGUAUAAGGGCGACGCGAACUAUUAUAUUGUCGCACUCCCUAAUGGAUCUAAAAAAUCCGGUCUUGCAUGGUGGUACAAAACACCGACAGCGGAGAGCGCGGACAUCAAGGGAUAUAUCGCCUUUUAUGAUGAUAAAGUCGAUGUCUGGGUGGAUGGAGUAAAGCAGAACUCACCUGUCAAUCCCAUAGGAUAG